AGUAACAAACCCAAUUUCUAUCGACUCUAUCCCAUAAUCACCAUAGCUGGAACAAACAGAGAAAGAAACAGGAACUGAAACAACCAAUCAAAACAAGGAAGGGUUAUAUAUAAUUGGCAUACAUUGCUAUAAUUAGUAGAGGAAUCAAUUCAACCAGUUUAUUGGAUCUUGCAGGCGGGAGAGGGGUAGAAGGAUCUGUGCACUAUUCACUUCGUUUGUUCUUUCGCGGAAUGAACAAUGAUUUUUCCUUUGGGUUUUAGUAUAGAGUAUAAUUUUCUAGGAAAACAGAUCCAACUUGACUUUCUCUGGCAAUGAAGGAAACGAAAGCGAAAAUUAUUCCAACGCAACUAACUAAUGCUUUGUGGGCAUGCAAGAACGUGUUAAUGCAAUAUCUAGGGUAUCAGGCAGCAAAUCAGGAGGACUGCAAGAAUGAUGCAAAGUUGCAGUCCUUCAAUGAUGCCAGCCUCAAAACUCGUACCGAUGAAAUCGUUACCAAAUUUAAGGAGGAUGGAGGUCUUUCCCUGGGUACCAAUGAGAUCAUUACCAAAUAUAAUGGAGGUCUUUCCUUGGAUGUUUUGGACAAUGUGCUGACAAGUAUGUCUGAUUUGGGGCAAAAAACCGCUGGCGCGAUCUUGGAUUUCAAGAGUAAGACCAUUCCUUUGGUGGACGACAGCUAUAAGCUUGUGGUGAAGGAGUACUUGAGCAGCAGCUUGGAGCUGCUGGAAUUCUUUACUGAACUGGAAAAGUUUCUAGACUCAGCUCGUCGGAGCCAUUCACAUAUCGAACAAGCGAUUGAAGAGUGCAGCAGCUUGGGGAGUGAACAUGGAGUAGGAAGGGAGGAGGCCAAGAUGAUUUCGAAUAAAUUGAGUGACAUUAUGGCGUCUAACGUCAAUGACUACUCUGGUGAAAAGUUGGUCGAAAAGGCUCGCUGUUUGCUUGAGAAGCAGGAAGAAAUGUUUGACAAAUGUCGCAAUGAACAAGAGAAGCUUGGGAAGGAUCAGAAGAGUAUUGAUCGUUGGAGGAAGCUCAUGAAUUAUAUAUUCAUGGGUGCUAAGUGCCUCCUUUACGUUGUUCUGUUGUUUUAUUCUGUAAAAUCUGUUGGUGGUUCGUCUGAUAUAGUUGGGGAUUUGAAAAUCAAACCAGCAUAUUUCCUUGAUGUCUGUGGUAUAGACCGUAUAGUAGGAAUAGCAGAUCACUGGACUAGCUCCCGCCUUGAAGUAUGUCAAAAUGAUUUGGUGCUGAAGAAUGAUGCAAUGAACACAAUAAAGGAAGGAGCUAUACAUACCAUAAAAGAAAUGGGGGAUAUAAAAGAUCUCAUCGGUAAGGUAGUAAAUUCCAUUGAAUCUCUCCUUGCUUCAAGUACGAACGUUGCAAAUGGUGGAAAUGUAGAAGUGGCAAUCAAGAAUAUUAAGCUUGACCUGAAGAAGUAUUUGGAUAAAAUUGAGGCUUUGGAGAAGAAAACAGGGGAAUGCAGCUCUAGUAUUUCGAAAGCAAGGCAAGCUGUUCUCACGUACUAACUCCAGACCUUAUGAUCUUUACGCUUCAUGUUGUAAUAAUUCAUAAACCCCAGUUUGUGUGUUGGGUGUUUCUUUACUUGCUUUUAGCUAGUUUUUUGUAUUUCCUAAUUAAUAAACCCCAGUUGGGUUGGUUUCUUUUC